AUCAAAAUAACUUGUUCUCAACAUGGCAACUUCAGUGAAGCUCUUAGGUGCUAUGAUGAUCACGGCGAUCAUCAUCGCAAUCUCUGGAUCGAUGAUAAUCGUCGAUGGAGCCGGGGAAUGUGGAAGAUCAACACCGGACAACGAAGCUUUCAAAUUAGCCCCGUGUGUUUAUGCCGCUUCGGAUCAGAAUGCUCCUGUUUCUGCUAGUUGCUGCAGUCAAGUGAAGAGAAUAGGGCAAAAUCCAAGCUGCUUGUGUGCUGUUAUGCUCUCUAAAACUGCAAAGGCUUCUGGAAUUAAACCUGAAAUCGCCAUUACCAUCCCGAAGCGUUGCAAUAUUCCCGAUCGUCCGAUUGGUUACAAAUGUGGAGAUUAUACACUUCCUUGAUGGAUACCAAA